AUGGGCGACUGGGACCAGGUGUUCCGGCAGUACCUGCCGCUGCCGCCGCACCCUCAGCGGGGCCGGGCCCGGCCCCCGCCCCGCUCCACCGCCUUCCGCUGCGUCCUCAAGUACCUGCACGGCGCUGCCCUCUCCCAGGGAGCCGAGUACCAGCUGCGCCUCUCUCUUUUCGAUGCCACCUACCACCACUUCUUUGGGAGGACGUGGAGGAGCAGCUGGCGAGUUGCCAGUGCUGCCCCGCCACGCUCGGCCAGGGCGACGUUCUGUGAGGUAAUUUAUUUCCACACCUCCUUGAACCAUCCUGGCAUUGCUGCUGUUGUGGAAGUGGUAAUGAUGGCUGGGAAAGGGGAUGGGAGCUCUCAGCAUCUUUCCUGUGGCUUUGGAAUCAUUCCUCUCUUCCACAGCGGAUCAGAGGUGACAGACCCAGCCACUGAGGACAGAGCGCUGAAGCUGUACCAUGGGACUCCACGUGCCCUAUUGCACCCGCGCUUCCAGAACCCUGUGGAAAAGAACAAAUACAUGACAGUGAUGGAGAAGAGCUACCUGCAGUAUGCCUUGAAGUCCCACCAGCCCCUGGAGGCGAUAUUUCACCUCCUUCCUGAAAACCUGCUGAUAUCUGGGCUACAGACUGUUCCUGGCUUGCUGCCGGCACGUGGAGACACAGGCGACUGCUUGCAGAAGCCCCGACUGAUGAAGACCGUCACCUGCUAUCUGGAGCGGCUUUUCAUCCAGUUGUACCCUUCCCUGGAGGAGUUUGAGGAGGAACUGCUGGAUUUACUGAACAGCGAUCGCUUACUUCAGGCUAACACUGGGCCGGACGGUGAAGAGCUGGUGGUUCGGGAGCGGCGGCUGCACGUUGGCGUCCACAAUGGCCUGCGCUUCGUCCAGGCACCGCAGGUCGCUGUGCUGGUGCCAGGGGCAGAACUGUCACCGAGUGGCUGCCAGAGGGUGCCCAGCUCUGGAGCCAGGGAUGCAGGUCAAGCCCUGGUGCUGAGGAGCCGCAUCCAGCUGAGUGAAAUGGUCCCUCACCCGGCAUUCGGGGUCUGCUUCCAGCUGGAAUAUGUCUUCUGCAGCACGGGGAGAGCUGGUGGGAAGGCCCUGUCCGGCAGUGCCCGCAGCGAGGCGGCCGACAUGCGCUCGGUGCGCUGGGCUGUCUGGAGCCCCGUCCUGGGCACCGGUGACACGGACGUUGUCCUGCCCCUGCGUGGCGGUGCCCGCCGUGGCCCCUGCCAAGCCUUGGUCUACCGGACCCCACUGAGCUCCCGGCAGGGGAAGCACGUGGAGUCUGGGACUGUCCAAUUCUGUGUUUCCACUGAUUCGGAAGAACAUCUUGUAUCUGCUGCGGAGCUCCUAUGUAAAGACAGGGACGAGUCGAAGCAGCCUCCUACGCCAUCGCUGAGAGUGCCAACCCCACGGCGAGUGCCAGUCUCCCCACGGGGACCAGGGCUGUCGGUGUCCCAGCUUGUGGCCUCACCACAGGGCACAGGCCAGACCCUGCAGCAGGAUGGGGGCAUCACCCACCUGGAGACCGACCUGGGCUCACCGGACACAGAGCCCUGUGCCAGCGACCAGCUGCGGGCACUGCCCUUCACCCCUCUGCAGCUGCCCAUGGCUGCUGUGGGGCUGCAGGCAUGCAGUUUCCAUGUGUCCCUCUCUCGUGCUGCACUGGCACGCCUGCACGCUGCCGGCUUUCCAGACAUCCUGGACCGCAACCAGGAGCCAGUGGAAAUCUCGGAGCCAGUGGAGCUGGGCAGUUUCAACCUGCAGCUGGAGGAAGCUGACCCUCUGCAAGGCAAUGAAAUUGUCCUGCAGUUCCUGGCUUUUGACAGGGAUGCCCAGGGCAGUGUGGAGGGGCUGUGGCCAAGGACGGUCUUCCUCACCUUCCAGUUCUACCGUUUCCCACCGGUCACCACACCCCGGCUGCAGCUGGUCAGCACAGAUGGGGGUCUGGCAACUGGGCUGGCUGUGCCAGCACAGCUCCUUUUCCGUGUCAACGAGGAUGGGACCCUAACCAAACCACCAGGCUUGCAGCUGAAGUACAUGGUGGAUCCGGCUUUCCUGCGGCCUGGGGAGCAGCGCUGGUUCCUGCGGUACCUGGCCGAGCACAGCCUCCAGAUUGACGUCUGGGAUGGAGACUCCCUGCUCCAUGUUGGGUCUGCUGCCAUUAAACUGGAGCCCCUGCUGCGCCAGGGCCAGACGGCUGUCAGGACCUACCACGAGUUGGAGGUGGCCACGACUGAGUACGAGCCGGACGGGACGGUGAUGGGCCGGGAGGCUCUGCGGCACGGCGCCCUGCGGCCCCUCGGUGUCCGUGUGGCUGUGAGGGGCCGCCUCCACCUCUGCCUGGCCAAUGUUGGUCACCCGUGCGAGGGGACCCCAGGACAGCUGCCAUUCCACUCCCGCAUUGUCACUGCACCAGACAGCACUGUCACCACCCCAGGUGGUGGCUGGAACUCCCUGAACACUCCUGGUGGCAGGAGGACAGCGCGGGCCCGCAGGCUGGUGGAUGUGGACAAUGAGCUGGAGGCCGCACUGCGCAGUCGCCGGCCAGAAGGCUGGCCAAAACAGCGUGCCUGGGACCUGCAGGUCAUUGAUGCCUACCGGGAUCACAUCAAGGGAGAGAGCAUCUACCAGAUGCUCAGCCAGGCCAUCACAGCCACCCACACUGUCCAUGCUGUGCUGGGGACAGCUGAGUUCUUCGAGUUCGCCCUGAAGAACCCGUACAGUGUCCAGCACACUGUGACCAUCGAGGUCAAUGACCCUGAGCUCAGUGUCAUACUGGACCCGAGGGAGUGGCGCCACUUCAAGGAGCUGACCAAGAGUGUUACACCAGUGGAGGAGGAUAUGUUCCAUCUCCGUGAUGACCUGAAGCCUCAGGUCUACCUGCGCCCCAGUGAGACUGUCCACAUCCCCUUCAAAUACCAGACGUUCUCUGCAGACCCUGCUGUGGUUGCAGCACGGGGGCCGGCUGGGCUGGGCACCGGUGCCAAUGGGAGCACUCACUCCCUUGGGAAGAGCGGGGCCAAACAGACAAAGCUCAUCCAGGUUAGGGAACCAGGUGAAACGCUGCUUGAGGGGCUGUGCGGGAGGAGCAGAAUCACUGGAAAACCCCAUUCCUCUCCUGCUGGCCUGGGACAGGUCACCUUCCAGGUGAGCGGGGGGAAGCCCAUUGCACUCUUGCGGGUGAAGGUGGAGCCGCAGCCCCAUGUGGUGGACCAGACCUUUCGCUUCUACCACCCAGAGCUCACCUUCCUGAAGAAAACCAUUCGUCUGCCUCCCUGGUACACCCUCCCUGGCACACCAGUGGGGGUGCCAGGCGGGCAGCCUGAGAUGUUUGUUCGAUGCAGUGACCCCGACAUCAUUUGUGAAACCAAAUCCUUGGGGCCUGGUGAGCCACAGGACAUCUUCCUCAAAGUAGCUGGAGGACCAAGCCCGCAGAUCAAAAAGUUCUUUGUUGCUAUUUAUAUGGACACCUGGCUGGCAGCACCUGUCCAGAUCUGGCAGUUCUACCUGCACUCGCUGCAGCGCCUGGACGUGGCCUGCACAGCCGGGCAGCUCACCCGCCUCUCCCUGCUGCUGCGUGGCACCGCGGCCCCGCGGAGGGUGCAGGCCUUCACCUCCCACCCCCAGGAGAUGGAGAUGGAUCCAAGCGGUGCCUUCCUCCUCCCCGCCAAUGGCAUUCAGGACCUGUAUAUCGGCGUGAGGCCACGGCGGGCUGGCAGCAAGUUCAUCUACCUCAACUUGGUGGAUGUGGAGUCCCACCAGCUGGUGUCCUCCUGGCUGCUCUGCCUGUCCUGCAGGCAGCCCCUCAUCUCCAAGGCCUUUGAGAUCUCGCUGCCUGUGGGAGGUGGGAAAGGCUGCAACAAGCGCAUCACCUACACCAACCCCUACCCCUCGCCUCGGCUCUACUUCUUAUGCACCAACCGCCCCGACCUGCUGCAGUUCAAGGAGGAUUCCUUCGAGGUGGCUGGAGGGGAGGUGUACACCAUCGGCCUGCGCUUCGCCCCGAGCCAGACAGUGGGGGAGGAGGAGAUCCUGAUUCACAUCAAUGACCACGAGGACAAGAACGAGGAGACCUUCUGCGUGAAGGUCCUGUACCAGUGAGGCUGCCUGCCUGUCACUGCGAAACUGCAGGUUCCUGUGCCAGCCCAGCAGCUUCAUCAACACCACCUCGGGGGUGCCUGUGUCUGUCUGAGGGUGGUCAUGACCCCCAUCCCCUGACUGUCACCUUGCCAGGUUGGGGGGUGUCUCUGUCACCAGCAUUCCCAGGCAUUGCUCCGAGUGCUGGUGGUGCCAGGUGGCUCCAUCCGCACAAACUGAGACGAGUAGAUGUGUUUGUUACAGCACUUUGUGACUGCAGGAUCUGUAUUUUUGUUAAGUGUGAUGAUAUUUUAGGCACUUUGAAUCUUUUUUUAACUUAAAAAGUUUGCAGAUUUGAUUCUGUGGAAUAUUUUUAAAGUAUUUUAUA